AUGCCGUGGCCCGUUACAGACACCUUCUCCUCUCCUGCCGGUGAACACGAGAUUUUGACAGCGGGAACGAUAGUACCACCCGCCAGCCUCUUUUUCUGCCUGUCCAUUCUUUAUCUGGCAUUUUUUUUCCUUCUUCGCCUGGCCCUCCUCUUCCCACCCCUCCCUCCAGAUUUGGCUCCCGACGAAACACAUAUCUCUUUGCUCCAUCAAGCCGCCAACCUGGCUCCUUCAAAGCUUUCCGCCGGCUCCUCGAGCUCCUACAGCGACCGGCCGGCUCACUCUCACCACCGGCGACGCUCCUCUGCCGGCCCUUCUCCUGUACACGACAACAACCGCCACGGCAACCUGCUCGAGAUACACCCACGACAGGCAAACGAGGCGUCUCUGCCCACCAUAGUCGGAACUCCCUCGACUAAUACUCCAAUGUCCCUCUCCCGCAGCCCGUCUCCCGUCCCGGGCGGCGGCUGGUCCAGCCCAGGCCUCAACAUGAACAGCGGUCGCUCCAGUCCUGCCAGCAGCCACGGCGUCCGUCCUGUCGCUUGGGAGUCGUCCAAGAUGCGAAACGGCCACCCGUCCUUUUCCACCCAGAACCAAGGCUUCUUCAGCCGCCACAUGCGCCGCAUAUCGAGCAGCUUACCCCGAUUCGCCGAAAACGAAAAGGAAAAGACUAUGCGGCCCAAUUCGUUUCUCGACAAGGUGCCUCUUGUCGGAAGAGUAAAGCUGAUUUUCGGUCGCAUGGGCCGCAAGAUGAAGUACCGUCUGCUGAUAGCCUUCUUUAUUCUCUUCUGCAUCUACGUCUUUUACCACUCGCCCCUUGUCUACUGGUACCGCAGAGCCUCAUGGGGCGGCGGCGGUUCCAAGUUUGUCAUUGUCCUCGCCGCCAACGUCGGCGGCGGCGUUAUGGAGUGGAAGGGAGCUCGCGAAUGGGCCAUUGAACGAGACAGCAUACGAAACAAGCGCAAAUACGUCGCCCGCUGGGGCUAUGAUCUCGAAAUUGUGGACAUGAGCACUAAGAAGCGAUAUGCACACGAAUGGAGAGAAAGCUGGGAAAAGGUUGACUUUUUGCGCAGCGCCAUGCGUAAAUACCCUGAUGCUGAGUGGUUCUGGUGGCUCGAUCUCAACACCAUUGUCAUGGAGCCCUCGUACUCGCUGCAAGACCACAUUUUCAACACCCUCGAUAAGAACGCGUACCGCGACAUCAACGACUACAACCCGCUCAACAUUACCCACCCUUUUACCGACCCGUAUCUCGACGAAGAAUCUCGCAGUCCCGUCGGCGACGGAAACCCCAACUCUGUCAACCUGCUGCUCUCGCAAGAUUGCUCUGGCUUCAACCUGGGCUCCUUUUUCGUCCGCCGCAGCGCCUGGACGGAGCGUCUGUUGGACAUUUGGUGGGAUCCUGUGCUCUACGAGCAGAAGCACAUGGCCUGGGAGCACAAGGAGCAGGACGCCCUCGAGUCCAUGUACGAGAGCCACCCUUGGGUCCGACAGCACACUGGCUUCCUGCCGCAGCGCAUGAUUAACAGCUUCCCUCCCGCUGCCUGCGGCGACGGCACCAACACCAACCACACUCGUUUCCACUACCACGAGACGGACCGUGAUUUCAUGGUCAACAUGGCUGGCUGCGAAUGGGGUCGUGACUGCUGGGGCGAAAUGUACCACUACCGUCAGUUUAGCUACUGGCUGAACCGCAACCCGUGGGAGCGCUUCAAGGAAGAUUUCGUCGCCGUCAUCUGGUACCACCUCACUGGCCAACACGUUCGCCUAUAA